GGCCCGGAUGGGGGCAAGAUCGCCACGAGCAAGCUUGCAGUCCUCCAGUUUCACAGAUCAAGAAACUGAACCCUGGAGAGGAGCAGAGACCACCCCAAGGACACCGAGCCAGCUUAAACUCAGGCCUCCUGGACUUCCUGCCAAGGGGCGGUGACUUGGCUUCGGCCGGGGAAAAGCUGCCAGCCAGCUGUGUGCUAUCUGCCCCAGCUUCUGCUGGGGGUGGGAAGACCAACCGGCCGCUUCCUGCCGCUGCCACCAGCUGCGCCACGGCCACCCAGGAGCACCCUCUAUCGGACGACACGAGAAAGAACGGCAACUCCCAGCAGACCCCGGGACAUAAGAGAGAAGGUGCUGAUCGCCUGCCAUCUAAUGGUCAAUACGAAGAACUACACCGCCCCAAGGGCACGGACGCUCGCGCCGAUGGUGCGCAGGCGUGGAACUACAACUUCGGGCCCCCAGGGCCAUGUUUCUCCGAGACAGGAAAAACUACAUUUCCCAGAAGCCUUUGCCCGGGGGCUCCGGAAUCGCUGGCGGCCGGGACGGCGGGACCAGCGGCUGGAGAUGGCUUUCUUGGCCAGAUCCCUGUUGGGCCCCGCGGGUAGGUCGGCGGCGCUGCUGGGUGGCAGGUGGCUCCAGCCCCGGCCUUGGCUGGGGCUCCCGGACGCCUGGGGCCUCCCUGCUCUGCAGCAGGCGCGGGGCAGAGCACGCGGGAACGAGUAUCAGCCAAGCAACAUCAAACGCAAGCGCAAGCAUGGCUGGAUCCGGCGCCUGAGCACGCCGGCUGGCGUCCAGGUCAUCCUUCGCCGCAUGCUUAAGGGCCGCAAGUCGCUGAGCCAUUGAGGAAUGCGACGCUGCCAGCGGAACUCCCAUUAAAGCAUUUCCCUCGCCUCGGACCUCGCCUGGCGCUGUUUUUGCAGGAAGCUGGAAGAACAGGAAUAGACUCGGACACGAGUGCCUUCCAAAUCGUGGGGUUGGCCCAGGGGGAGAAGUUUGGAUGCGAGUGGAAGUCAGACCUUGUCAAGUCCCUUUUUACGCUUUUUUGAAUUACGAAGAAUUUCGAACAUAUACAACAGACCACAGAAUAGUACAACGAGCCCCUGUGUACCCAGUACACAGCUCUAUUAGAAGCUGAUCUCAGGCAUCAGGUUAUUUCUUCUGUAAAUAUUUCAGAAUGUAUCUCUCCAAGAUAAGGGCUCUCUAAAACAAUCACAAAACUUAUCACACCCGAAAGAAUUAUCAAUAAUUUUGAAAUAUUAAAUGUCUCAUACAUGUUCCAAUUUC